UCGGCUGGUACGUAUUUCCAGCCACGCUGGGUGUAAGGGAGAAGAGGCUGCUGUCGUUUUCAGUGGAGAUUUUGGCAAUUUCCUUGUGGAAAGAUACAUAUAUCUAUUUUUUAAAUUAUCAUCGUUUAAGAAUGGGCGUUGAAAUCGAGACAAUAUCGCCAGGAGACGGCAGGACGUUUCCAAAAAAAGGACAGACAUGCGUUGUUCACUAUAUAGGAAUGCUCCAGAACGGCAAGAAGUUUGACUCUUCUCGAGACAGAAACAAGCCUUUCAAGUUCAAAAUUGGCAAACAGGAAGUGAUUAAAGGCUGGGAAGAAGGCAUGGCACAGAUGAGCUUGGGGCAAAGGGCAAAACUGACCUGUACCCCUGACAUGGCAUAUGGUGAAACAGGACAUCCUGGAGUCAUCCCAGCCAAUGCCACACUUAUCUUUGAUGUAGAGCUGCUGAAGUUGGAGUGACAAAGUCCUUAAUUGAUAUUUAAUUGCAAGGCUGUUGAAUGGAGAGCCAAGUGAUAAUGACAUUUCAUGCAAUGCAGAAAAUGACUUGCAUCAACAAAUGCUCUGAUCUAAUCUGCUUAAACAUACUUCCAGACACCAUAGCAAUAUCUAGCUUCAACCUUCCGGACCUAAGGAACUAGCAUGGAAACAAAGACCACAUCAAAAUGAAGAGGAAAAGAUUGCAAGAACUAUAAAUUUAAAAUGCUUUUUUUAAAAGCUAGAAACACUCAGCAGGCCAGGCAGCAUCCAUGAAGAGAGAAUCCGAUUUACCAUUUCAGAUCAACAUCUUUCCUCAGGACUGCAAAAGCUAGAAAUAAAACAACUUGGAAAUUGCAACAAAAGGAGGUGGGAAAGAAAGCAAAAAGUGAUGGGAUGCAAAAUGCCAUCACACUUUUUGUUAUUUAGUUUCUUUUUCCCUUCACUGUGCCAUGGAUCUUCACUUUGUUCUUUUCUGCUGAAAGUUUCCUGAAAUUUAAUUUUCAAUUUGCGGCAUCUACAAUAUUUUGCUUGUGUACUAUUUCAACCAGUUUGCAACACACUUUGAAAUAUAUAAUAAUAAAACUUCAUUUUUAAAUCAU